AUGGCUUUUGAGCCAACGCUUAUGGCGAAAAGACUGAGCAUCCAGGAUGCUUUAGACGAUGUGCGUUGUCCCGCGGUUGAAUGGGGACUUGAGCAGAACACGAGGUUGACAUAUGGACAGCUUUCUUCGCCUCGUUCGUCGGCUGGCGCGAAAUCUAGGGCUUUACAAGCUUUAGAACGCAAUAUCGCCAUGGCGUGUAUCGAAUGUGAUAAUUCGGAUGAGAAGGACGCUUUCUUUGCGCUGCAGUAUACGUUUGAGUGUAACCUGCCUUUGCGUCUUCUUGCAUGGAUCGGACUGGCGACUGCACGAUUGGACGUGUUGACCAACAAUGGAACCAUGGAUGAUAUACAGGAAGCUGAAGCUCGUAUAAUAGCUUCUCAGCUGUCACUGUCUUUGUCCUUGAUACAAGGCGUCAUGCUCAAUCAUCCUGCGAGUAAAGAGUUCCUAGGUCGGAAAUACGGACAAGAGAUUCUGCUAGAUCUCCUCCUCGCAUCUCGCCAUUAUCCAACACCACCUCCAUCAGCUUCUUCUGAUGCAGCCAAUGACAAGUCUACAGCGCCCCCACCUCCACCUCUGACAUCUGCCGUUCUAGAUACCCUCCUGUGUGUUCUAGUCGACUCUUCAACUGCGCUUCGAGCGUUCGAGGGUGCCGCCGGCCCACAGGCUGUCGUUAAGAUCCUGAAACGGGCUGGGACACCUCGUGAAGUCCGGAUGAAAUGCCUCGAGUUCCUGUACUUCUACCUACUCGACGAGACACCCACUCCAGAACCCGAUUCUACAUCAUCCUCAAGCAGCACCACCCCAACCCCCUCAACACCGACUCUCCCACCCACUGCCCCAGCAACACCCAUUCGUCCACCCAAACCAUAUCUAUCAGCCACCCCCCAUAGACCAACGUCGCGUUACGGUUCCUCCACGUAUUCCUUCUCGUCCUCUGCCUCUUCCUCGCGCUCCACAUCAGAUAGCUCGAUGAAGUCGUUCUCCUCGACUUCAUCAAACGCUUCUUCAUCUACGAACGCUUCGUCCGUGUCUUCGUCUCCUGAAAAGGGUACGAGGGGAAGACCGUCCCUCUCUCCCGUGAAGCAAACACAAACACAAUCGCAGUGCACACCUUCAACCGACGCGAAACCCACAACCGCAAAUCCACGUACCCCGCCCAAGUCGCCGCCACCGCCACUUCCUCCUGUGCAACGAUUUCCUUUACAGCCACUCCAGCCGCGGUCGAUGAUGAUGUUGAAGAAAGAGGUGGAUUAUGUUCCGCUGAGUCCGAAGAAACCGCAGGGACAGGUGUCGUCGGGUGGGAGUGGGAUGAGGUAUACGCAUACGCCGAAGAGUAAGAGUGUUGGUGGGUUGGUUGGGAGUCAGAGUCAGGGGAUGGUUGGCUCGAGGAGCGGGGAUAUAGUGGGCUCGAGGAGCUUGUCGAAGCUUGGCUCGUUGGCUGAGGGUGGGUUGGAGAAGGGCAAGUGGGAUGGGGAAAGUCGGGGGAAGAAUAGAUCAGGAUCAGGAUCAGACGCGGCUCCGGCACCCGUACCCGUACCCCCGAGGAAAGAUAGGGAUGAGAGGAGGACGACGGAAGAGAAGAAAGAGUUGUUGGGUACUAUGCUUGGGAAUGUGGAUGCGCUUGUGGAGGGUGUUAGGAAGGCGGGGAUUUGGGGGCUUGGUUAG